AUGGAGCAGAGCAUCACCCCUGCCAGCAGCCACAGAGAGAUCUGGGCCAUUGCGAGUUCCAGUGAUUCAGGGGACGACCGCCAGGGGGAGAGGAAGCACUGGCCGGCCCCACAGAGCGCCUGGUGCUGCUUUAAUAGUGAAGGUGAAACCCUCCAUUCCUGCGCCGCAGCCGCCACUGAAGAAGGAGCUCUGCCUGCGCCUCCCGAGCACAUUGUUCUCAGGAAACUAGCACCGGCCCGGGCCUUCUCCUCGCUUCCCCAGGAGUGUGGGGCUUUCCUUUUGCACCGAAGCUCCAGCGAGGCCAUUUUCACCGGGAAUCCGUGUGCUGGGGGGUCAGAGGCUGGAAGGAGAGCGUGUUGGGGGGUUUGCACAGAAUCGGGGCGCUUUGUGCGCGAGGUGCCCUCAGACUCAGAGCAGGACACGGGAAGGACUGGCGCGACUGCUCCGCGCUGGGGACGCUGUGGGGUUUGCACCUUGAAUGAAUCGUUAAAAGGAAAACUUGGUGCUGUGUACAGGCUGCAGAGAACAGUUAGCAGCAUUAUUCACUGUGGCCGACACAUGGAGACCACCAACGUGUCCUUCAAUAGAGAAUUGGUGAAAGAAGACGUGGAACAUAGAUGCCAUGGAAUACUAAUAAGAAAAGAUGAAAUACUGAAAUUUGGGACAACGUGGAUGGUUCCUGAGAAUAUUAUGCUACGUGAAAUAAGUGAAGCAGAAAAAGCUGAGCACUAGGUGCUGUCAUAUGUAGGAUGUCAAACUAAACUCAUGGACACAAACAGUAGUGUGGUGG